GUGCCGGCGCACGCGCGCUCCCAAGAGGGAGAGGUCUCCGAGCAAAAGCGAGCGGCCCGUUUUCGGAAGGGAGUCUCUGGGCCGCGCCAGGGACGAGGGCACCAUGGCCGCCCUCCUGCUGCUGCCCCUGUUGCUGCUGCCACUCCUGCUGCUGCGGAAGCUGCACCUCUGGCCCCGGCUGCGCUGGCUCGCGGCCGACUUGGCCUUCGCGGUGCGCGCCCUACGCUGCAAACGGGCUCUUCGAGCGCGCGCCCUGGCCGCGGCCGCCGCCGACCCGAGGGGCCCCGAGGGGGGCUGCAGCCUGGCCUGGCGCCUCGCGCAACUGGCCGGGCAGCGCCCCACACACAUCUUCCUCAUCCACGGCGCGCGACGCUUCAGCUACGCGGAGGCCGAGCGCGAGAGCAACCGGGCUGCGCGCGCUUUCCUGCGCGCCCAGGGCUGGGACGCGGAGCUCGGCGGCGGCGCAGAGGACGAGCGGGCCGCGGGAGUUGCCGGCGCCGCGGCCCCUCUGGCCCCCGGGGCCACCGUGGCGCUGCUCCUCCCCGCCUGCCCAGAGUUCCUGUGGCUCUGGUUCGGGCUGGCCAAGGCCGGCCUGCGCACAGCCUUUGUGCCGGCCGCCCUGCGCCGGGGUCCCCUCCUGCACUGCCUCCGCAACUGCGGCGCGCGCGCGCUCGUGCUGGCGCCAGAGUUCUUGGAGUCCCUGGAGCCUGACCUGCCAGCCCUGAGAGCCAUGGGGCUCCGUCUCUGGGCUGCAGGCCCUGAAACCCAUUCUGCUGGAAUCAGCGAUUUGCUGGCUGAGGCCUCCGCUGAAGUGGAUGAGCCAGUGCCGGGGUACCUAUCUGCCCCCCAGAGCAUAAUGGACACGUGCCUGUACAUCUUCACUUCUGGCACCACGGGCCUCCCCAAGGCUGCUCGGAUCAGUCAUCUGAAGAUUCUGCAGUGCCAGGCGUUCUACCAGCUGUGCGGAGCCCACCAGGAGGAUGUGAUCUACCUUGCCCUCCCACUCUACCACAUGUCCGGCUCCCUGUUGGGCAUUGUGGGCUGCUUGGGCAUUGGGGCCACAGUGGUGCUGAAGUCCAAGUUCUCGGCUGGCCAGUUCUGGGAGGACUGCCAGCAGCACAGGGUGACAGUGUUCCAGUACAUCGGGGAACUAUGCCGAUACCUUGUCAACCAGCCCCCGAGCAAGGCAGAACGUGGACAUAAGGUCCGGCUGGCGGUGGGCAGUGGGCUGCGCCCGGACACCUGGGAGCGUUUUGUGCGGCGCUUUGGGCCCCUGCAGGUGCUGGAGACCUACGGACUAACAGAGGGCAACGUUGCCACUUUCAACUACACAGGACAGCUGGGUGCUGUGGGACGUGCUUCCUGGCUUUACAAGCAUGUCUUCCCCUUCUCUUUGAUUCGCUGUGAUGUCACCACAGGGGAGCCAAUUCGGGACACUCAGGGGCACUGUGUGGCCACAUGUCCAGGUGAGCCAGGGCUCCUGGUGGCCCCAGUGAGCCAGCAGUCCCCAUUCCUGGGCUACGCUGGGGGGCCAGAGCUGGGCCGGGGAAAGCUGCUAAAGGAUGUCUUCCGGCCUGGGGAUGUUUUCUUCAACACUGGGGACCUGCUGGUCUGCGAUGACCAGGGUUUUCUCCGCUUCCACGAUCGUACUGGAGACACCUUCAGGUGGAAAGGGGAGAACGUGGCCACGACUGAGGUGGCGGAAGCCUUGGAGUCCCUGGAUUUUCUUCAGGAGGUGAACAUCUACGGAGUCACCGUGCCAGGGCACGAAGGCAGAGCUGGAAUGGCGGCCCUGGUUCUACGUCCCCCCCACUCAUUGGACCUUGUGCAGCUCUACACCCAUGUUUCUGAGAACUUGCCACCGUAUGCCUGGCCUCGAUUCCUAAGGCUCCAGGAGUCUCUGGCCACCACGGAGACCUUCAAGCAGCAGAAGGUGCGGAUGACAAAGGAGGGCUUUGACCCAAGCACACUGUCUGACCCCCUCUAUGUUCUGGACCAGGCUGGGGGUGCCUACCUGCCCCUCACACCUGCCCGGUACAGUGCCCUCCUGGCUGGGGACCUUCGCAUCUGAGAGCCCCGCAUGCUCAGGUGCCUGAGGGAGUGACUUUGUGGGUUGGGGGCAUGGCAGGUGUACUGGGGACUGUCUGGGGUCUUUUUUAUACCAGAUUUGGAAUCAUUAUUUUGUAAUAAACAGGACCAGAGCCAGUCUAGCUCUGUCUUUCUGAUCUGCGGUUUGGGGCUUCCCUGUCUGUGGAACUGCUUUUUCCUGGCACAGAGCCCCAUACCUCUGCCCUGACUUUAUGUGGGCCUGAGCUCCGCGUCUGGACCGCAGUGUUUUUCCUCUCAGGUGACUCCGUGUGAUCCCUGUCCUUGGAGAGCCCCUGGUGGUGGGUGUCAGUCUGUGCUGUGUGUGCCCACCCCAGCUUCACGCCCUGAGCACUGGGCAGCUCUGUCGGGGGAGCUAUGGGACUGGAGGCCUUGACCAAAUGGCACAAGCGGACAGAGGCAUGGAAAUGCUGCUCCCUGUGGCCGGCCAGCCUGUCCCCACAGACGCAGGUGUGGCUGGGCUGGAGAAGAGUCAACCAGGCAAAACAAAGGUUUGAUUUUGAGGAAAAGGGUCCUCUAGACACCCCUCUUCCCUCACAGCCUCUGAUCGCGCCAGUCAGUGAGGGGGAAAGGGUGGAGCCACGCCAGCUCAGAUGUUUCUAAUUUUACCUAAUCUUAGUCCUACAUUCCCAGAGCAGCAGCCCAGGUUGCAGCCCCUCAGGCCCUGAGGAGACUUUGAAGGCUUUCCUGGGAGCAAGGCUCACAGUGCAUGUGUGCACGUGGCAGCAGGAAGAACGGGGGACUCAAAAGGAAAAAGGCCUGUCCUUAGCCUCCAAAUGAAGCAUCAAUAAAAUUCAUCAUCUAGAUGAAACUCCUGCUUCCCCUAAAACUAAAGUCCCACCUGUUGGGGUGCCUGGCUGGUUCAGUCAGUGGAACAUUGGACUCUUAAUCUCGGGGUUGUGGGUUUGACCCACACAUUGGGUGUGGAGAUUUUUUUUUUUUUUUUAAUUUUUUAAGUAAAGUCCCUUCUGUUUUGA